AAUGAAUUUCUGGGAAACAUGAGGGGUGGUCCCUUUCGUUGUAGUAUAUAAUGGGUUAACAAUAUUGGCCACAAAAGCAUAAGAAAUAGUUGAUGAGUGAGCAGAUGGAGUCGAGAUGGUGUGCUAUGGUUCUGUUGGCGUUUUUAGUGUUGGGGUGGUGUGAGUGUUGCUUGGAGGAAGAACGAGUCGCUCUCUCCCGACUCAAACCUUUCUUUCCUCUCAUUGAUUAUACAAAUGAUGUUAGCUAUUACCCGGUAGAGGAAAAAGAGACUUCAUUAAACUGCUGUGAAUGGGAGAGGGUUGAAUGCAACCCAACCACCGGACGAGUUAUCAAACUAUUUCUUGAUGCGCCACGGGAUGAAGGUCCGUAUGGUCUCCAUAAUAGAGUUCCUUGGUAUUUGAAUGCUUCGUUAUUUCUUCCUUUUCAGGAAUUAAAGAAUCUCUCCUUGGGAGGAAAUUACAUUGCUGGUUGUGUUGCCGACCAAGGUUUCGAAAGGCUGUCUUCGAAAUUAAAGAAAUUGGAGAUACUUGAUUUAAGUGAAAAUUAUUUCAAUGAUAGCAUUUUCAUGUCCUUAAGUGAACUUUCAUCCCUCAAGUUUUUGGAUUUAUCAUACAACUUCCCAUUGACAGGAUCGAAUCAUACUAAUGGUAUUAAGAUGCUAUCAAGAUUGAAUAAUUUGGAGACUUUGAUUUUAUCUCGUAACAGCUUAAGUAACAACAUCCUAUCACAAUUACAUGGUUUUACUUCUUUAAAAUCAUUGAAUCUACAGUUGUGUGGAUUAGAAGGAACUGUUGAUUUGCUGGAAUUCAGUACUUUGAAAAAUUUAAAGGAAUUGUACUUAGGCGGCAAUGAGAUUGAGAGCUUGGGAUCUUCAUUCCAAGAAUCAAGGCUGAUGAAUUUGGAAGUGCUUGAUUUACGGGGGAAUCGCUUCAACAAUAGCAUAUUGUCAUCUCUUGGUAGGUUUCCGAAUCUGAGGUCUUUGUCUCUUGGAGGUUCUGAAUUAAAAGGAUCAAUAGAUAUUAAAGAAUUAGUUGGCUUGAGAAGCUUGGAGGAGGUGGAAAUCUUCUGCUGGUCAGGUUGUAGCCUUCUGCUACAGUCAUUCGGCUCAUUUCCAUCGUUAAAGACUCUUUCUUUGGGAGGUUUUAGUUUUAAUGAUACGAUGGUGACAUCCGAUUUUCCAAACAGUUCUGUUGGAAGUCCAAGAGGAUUUUCUUCUUUGAAGCAUUUGAGGUUGUCCUCGUGUGAGAUCAGCCAAAACUUCACUCUACAAGUAUUUCAAUUGAAGAAUUUGGAGUCUUUGGACAUAUAUCUUACUCCUCUUGCAAAUAACUUUCUUGAAAAAAUUGGUGCAAUGCCUUCUCUCAAGUUUCUAAGCAUAUGGGGUUGUGGACUCAAUGGCACCUUACAUGUCCAAGAAUCAAGGCUGAUGAAUUUAGAAGUGAUUGAUUUGCGGGGGAAUCUCUUCAACAAUAGCAUAUUGUCAUCUCUUGGUAGGUUUCCAAAUCUGAGGUCUUUGUCUCUUGGAGGUUCUGAAUUAAAAGGAUCAAUAGAUAUUAAAGAAUUAGUUGGCUUGAGAAGCUUGGAGGAGGUGGAUAUCUUCUGCUAUUCAGGUUGUAGCCUUCUGCUACAAUCAUUCGUCUCAUUUCCAUCGUUAAAGACUCUUUCUUUGGGAGGUUUUAGUUUUAAUGAUACGAUGGUGACAUCCGAUUUUCCAAACAGUUCUGUUGGAAGUCCAAGAGAAUUUUCUUCUUUGAAGCAUUUGGAGUUGUUUGAGUGUGAGAUCAGCCAAAACUUCACUCUACAAGCAUUUCAAUUGAAGAAUUUGGAGUCUUUAGACAUAUCAGAGACUCCUCUUGCAAAUAACUUUCUUGAAAAAAUUGGUGCAAUGCCUUCUCUCAAGUUUCUAAGCAUAUGGGGUUGUGGACUCAAUGGCACCUUACAUGUCCAAGAAUCAAGGCUGAUGAAUUUGGAAGUGCUUUAUUUGCGGGGGAAUCGCUUCAACAAUAGCAUAUUGUCAUCUCUUGGUAGGUUUCCGAAUCUGAGGUCUUUGUCUCUUGGAGGUUCUGAAUUAAAAGGAUCAAUAGAUAUUAAAGAAUUAGUUGGCUUGAGAAGCUUGGAGGAGGUGGAUAUCCUCUGCUAUUCAGGUUGUAGCCUUCUGCUACAAUCAUUCGGCUCAUUUCCAUCGUUAAAGACUCUUUCUUUGGGAGGUUUUAGUUUUAAUGAUACGAUGGUGACAUCCGAUUUUCCAAACAGUUCUGUUGGAAGUCCAAGAGAAUUUUCUUCUUUGAAGCAUUUGGGGUUGUUCGGGUGUGAGAUCAGCCAAAACUUCACUCUACAACUUUCUUCUUUGAAGCAUUUGGAGUUGUCCUCAUGUGAGAUCAGCCAAAACUUCACUCUACAACUUUCUUCUUUAAAGUAUUUGGAGUUGUCCUCGUGUGAGAUCAGCCAAAACUUCACUCUACAAGCAUUUCAAUUGAAGAAUUUGGAGUCUUUGGACAUAUCAUAUACUCCUCUUGCAAAUAACUUUCUUGAAAAAAUUGGUGCAAUGCCUUCUCUCAAGUUUCUAAGGAUAGAUGAUUGUGGACUCAAUGGCACCUUACAUGUCCAAGGUUUUUGUGAUUUGAUGAAUGUUCGAGAAUUGGAUAUAGCCUACAAUAAUUUAACGGGUAAUUUGCCCGAGUGUAUUUCCAACUUCACAUCUCUCGAAAGUUUGGAUCUGUCUUCAAAUCAGUUAUAUGGAAAAGUAUCUGCCCUUAAGAGUUUAACAUCCCUUGUAAUGUUGAGGCUUUAUGAUAAUUACUUUCGAGUCCCAAUCUCGUUGGAACCUUUCUUCAACCUUUCAAAGCUCAAGUUUUUUGAUGCGGACAACAAUCUCAUGUAUGUUGAAAGCGAGAUGCAAUCCUUGGUCCCAAGAUUCCAAUUGAAUCAGAUCAGCUUAUCUUGUUGUGGAGAUGUUGGACAAUUUCCUGCAUUCCUCUACCACCAGCAUGACUUGCAGUAUGUUGAUCUCUCUAAUGUCAACUUAAAAGGGAAAUUUCCAAAUUGGUUGUUGCAAAACAACACAAAUUUAGCAAGUUUAUCACUUGCCAACAACUCUCUCAUCGGACCUUUUAAGUUAUCUUUCUUUCCACAAACAGAAUUACGACGGUUGGAUGUCUCAAAAAAUUUCUUCUAUGGCGAAGUUCCAAUUGAAAUAGGGGAAAAACUACCAUCACUGAGGUUUUUGAACAUGUCAAAAAACCAUUUUCACGGUACCAUUCCUGCUUCGAUUGGUGAUAUGAAUUACCUGGAAGUCUUGGACUUGUCAGACAAUCAAUUGUCCGGUGGACUGCCAGAGGGUUUGACCCUGGGAUGCUCUUCAUUAAAUUACCUUGCACUGUCAAACAACAGAUUGCAAGGGCAGAUGUUCUCUUCAAAGUUCAACCUCACAGAAUUGUUUCAGCUGCGUUUGGAUGGGAAUCAUUUCUCAGGAAAAAUCCCAGAUUCUUUGUCUGAUUGCUCUUCGUUGUCUGUAUUGGAUUUAAGCAAUAACCAUAUUUCUGGGGAGAUUCCAAAUUGGAUGGAGAAUAUGUCACAGUUGACAACCUUGGAUUUAAGCAAUAAUGAGAUUUCUGGUGAGAUACCAAGGUGGAUGGGGAAUAUGUCAAGAUUGGAACAUAUUGCGAUGGCGCAAAAUCAUCUUGAAGGUCCAUUCCCGGUGGAGUUUUGCAAUCUUAAUCUUCAUCUUAAACUUUUAGACCUUUCGAUGAACAAUAUUUCUGGGCAUGUUCCAUCAUGCUUUAGUCCAUUAUGGAUCAAUCAAGUUCAUUUAUCAAGAAACAAGCUACAAGGGCCAAUCACAAAUGCUUUCCGCAACAGCAGCAUCUUGGUGACAUUAGAUCUCAGUAACAACCACUUGACUGGAAAAAUUCCGAAUUGGAUUGGCAACCUUUCUCAGCUGAGCUAUCUUCUUCUAAACAACAACCAUUUUGAAGGAAAGAUUCCACUUCGGUUAUGCAAUUUGGAUCAAUUAAGCUUGAUUGAUCUUUCCAAUAAUAAUCUUUCAGGUACUGUUCCAUCUUGCUUGAUGAUUACAGCAUUUGUUGAAGUAUCUCAAGAAUAUGUUCGUUAUGUCGCUGCUGUUGCGUAUAAUCAGACUUCAUUCUCCACUGAUGAUCCGAUACAGUUCACAUCGAAAAACAACUCAUACUUUUACAAGGGAAGACUCCUUGCAUACCUGUCUGGCAUCGAUCUCUCUUGCAACAAGUUGACAGGUGAGAUUCCCCACCAAGUGAAGAACUUUCAGAAUAUCUAUGCAUUGAAUCUGUCUCACAACCGUUUGAUAGGAUCAAUCCCACCGACAUUUUCCGAUUUGAAGAAAAUCGAGAGUUUGGAUCUUUCCCACAACAACUUGAGUGGUACAAUCCCUCCACAACUUGUGGAGUUAUAUAGCUUGUCUUAUUUCAGUGUAGCUUACAAUAAUUUGUCCGGAAGUACACCGGUAAUGACCGCACAAUUUUCAACAUUUGAGGAAAGCAGCUACGUUGGAAAUCCUCUUCUCUGCGGUAAACCAUUGCCGAAGAACUGCUCACCAUCCGAACCACCACCAUCGUCAUUGCCGAAGGGGUCAACCGACAACGACUUGAUCGAUAUGACGGCCUUCUAUGCGUCUUUCGUUGCAUCUUAUGUUGUGGUGAUACUGAGUAUUGCGAGUGUGCUUUACAUUAAUCCUUACUGGAGAAGAGCAUGGUUCUAUCAUAUAGGAGAAAUCAGCAAAUGUUGCUACUAUUUCUUGGAAGAUCAUAUUCUGCCUAAAAGAUUUCUCAGUGGAAAUUAAUAUGGCUGUUAUGAAACUGUGAAUUCGGCGAGAGUGAAGGGCCGGCGCCGACCCCACAUCCUCUGAGUCUGCGCUUUUAUUUUAUUCGGGAAGAACCCACGCUUCCAGCCAAAGCGAUAACCGAAACAUGAUACCUUCUUCUCGGAUUCGAGCAUAACUUCUAAAAAUAAAUGAGAUUUAGGGAUAAUGGAAUGAAUGGUCCCUAGAUUAUUGUAAAUCUUCCCUAUGCGUACUUAUGUUUCUAAAAUGGUACAUGGCCUCUAAUAUUGUCAAAUAUGUGAAAUGACAUGCAGCCUCUUUGAUCCAAA